ACCGCGGCCAUCAUGAGUUGAAUGAAAGCUUUCGAUGUGGAUUGUGAAACCGAACGAUUUGAUUGCCGUUGUAUGGCGACGCACGAGCGUCGUGUGUGCUAUUCUUUCUGUGGUCGUCGUGGCGUACGCGGCCACAUUUGCUCCGACGAGCGCAGCAUGUCUUACUCUCAUCUACAUUAUGGACGCCUUCUAUUUGCUCGACAUAAUUUUUCGUGCACGUCACGCCGCUCUGAAACGCAGAGGUAUUAUUGUAGAAAGUCGACGAGAAAUUUUCAGGUCGUAUUUGAGACGUGAUGCCUUGCUCGAUAUGGUCGCACUCGUGCCUAUUGAAUUGUUAUCGAUGGCUGUUGAUUUGGCAAACGGCAUUCAUGGAGAUGUUGUGUUGAUGAAAAUGGGAUUUUGUCGACUCAACCGAUUGGUGAAGGUGAUCAGAGCUUUCCUCGUUAUGAGUUACGAAGAACAACAACUUAACACAAACACUGCCGUCGCACGCUUGCUGAAGUCCCUCAUGCUCGUCGGUGUUACCGUUCACAUUGAAGCGUGUCUCUGGUACGGCUUUGCUUGCGACAGUCUCUCACAUAUCUGUGGAAUCCGGCAUUGGACACACUUACGACCAUCCGGUGUGAAUUUUACCACCCUCAGUCAGACUGAUCGCUACAUCAUAUCACUGUAUUGGGCCGUUGCCACGACGACCUCAACCGGAUAUGGCGACAUACAUGCUGAGACGUUGGACGAGAAAUGGAUCUCGGUGUUUGGAAUGCUCAAUGGAGUCAUAAUGUUUGGUUUCAUUCUGGGCGGUAUGGCGUCGAGACUCACCACUGCGGGUGCAUUACGAGCACGCUACAGACAUCUUCUGGCGACUGUCAAGAAGCAUUUGAUUAACAAUUCCAUCUCUAAGAAGCUAUCUAACAAAGUCAUCGACUACUAUGAGUACAUGUGGUUCAGUAAGACAAGUGUACGAUCGAAGGAUCUAUUUGCUGACCUGCCGAGAGCAUUCCGUGCCGAAUUGGCUCUCAACGGCAACCGACACGUCAUUCGAAAUACUAAAAUACUUGCUAACACGAGUGCUGGGUUUCGGAGAAUGCUAGCCAUGAAAGUGAAGUCGCAUUUCUUCAUCCCCGGUCAAAUGGUCGUCAAUCGAGGAGACAUCGGACAGCAGCUGUGGUACCUCGAUCAUGGUACGUUAGAGGUACUGGAUGAAGAUGAUACAACACCAAUCGUAAGUCUUCAGAGCGGGCAUGUGUUCGGAGAGGUCAAUCUUGUAUAUCGCAUCCCAAGGACGUGCUCUAUUCGUGCUGUGACUUACUGCGACGUCUUAACUGUGACCAGGUCCGAUCUGUUGGCCGUUCUUAAGCAUUAUCCUCAAGAGGCGCGCAUUCUACAAGAAGCAGCCGACGCACGCCUUCAGCAGUGCAAGAACGUUCCAACACCGGCAAGUACAAACCCUCCUACAGACUCACUUCAACAGGAAGUCAACAUUCCGGACAUUCCCGACCGAUCUCUAAUGUCUAACAUCACCGAGCUGAAACAAUGGUGGAAAAACCUCGAGCUCUCGCCUGAUUCUACAUUUGCAACGGUGUGGGAUAAAUUUGUAUUGGCUGUAGUGUUUGUUGCUUGCACAGCAGGCUUACUCGAGGCGGCGUAUUCAAGAUAUGAGCCGGUGAUUCGAUUUGAGAACAGUGUCUGGGGAAUUAUCGCUCUCGUGGUGUUGUACUUGUUCGACAUUGUCUACCUGAUGGACAUUUUUGUGUCGCUAAAGAAGGUGGGGACGAAUCGGUUUCAUUGCGGGCAGAUGGAGGGCCGAGGACAAAUUCGGGAGAGGCUGUAUGUUCGGAGCGUUUACUUUGUUUUGGAUGUGUUGGCUGUGUUGCCGUUGGAUUUGUUGGCUUUGGGUUGGGCGAAUGUCGAUGCUAGGUGGAUGAUGUUGACGUAUUUGCGACUGAACCGUGUGAUUAAGUUUUACAAGUUUCCUAUCUAUUUUAGUCGCUUGGAAGAAGAGUGGCUAGCAGGCGACAUCGGCUACGUUCGCGCCAUAAAAUUUUUCAUCUACAUCACGCUCUCCUCCCACACCGUCUGCUGUCUGCUCUUCGUCGUCGCUUGCUCCUCGAUCACAUGCGAUUCUAACUCGUGGGCCGUCAAUAACGACAUCGCCAAUUCCUCGUCCAUAUUUCAUCAUUAUCUCAUCUCUAUUUACUUUGCUGCAGCAACCAUGACGUCGACGGGGUACGGUGACAUACGACCCUAUCUGUCACACGAACGAGUCGUGUCGUGCAUUGCGAUGUUUAUUGGAUUGCUAUUGUAUGGCUACUGUUUGAGCUCAAUUACAGCUACCUUGGCAAACAAAGCUCUGCCAAUAGUUCGAUUUCAAGAACGAAUCAUUGCCGUCAAACAAUUCAUGAACAGUCACAAUCUCAGUUUCGGACUGAUGGAUAGAGCCACGGUCUACUUCGAUAUCCUUUGGAGACAAAACAGAGGUUUGGCAAUACCGGGUAGUCACCGCUUACUACGUCACAUGCCCUUGCGAUUACAAAUGGAUGUUGCACUGCAAGAGACCGAGCACAUAUUUAGCAAAGUGCCGCUGUUUGAAGGGUGCGAGCCGGAGUUCUUUCGUCUCUUGGCGAUGAAUGCCGAUUCGUACGUGUUCUGUCCAGGCGAUUUCAUCGUGUAUGCUGGAGACAUCGGGCAGGAGAUGUAUUGUGUGAGGAGAGGCAUAGUCGAGAUUAUGUCCAAUGAUUUGAAACACGUCGUUUGCACCAUUGAAGCUGGCGGAUACUUUGGAGAGGUUGGUUUGAUGUUUGGUGAAGUACGGUCUGCGACGGUGAGAGCUGUUACCUACACCGAGAUCUUCAUGAUUACUCGUUUCGACUUGGACACGGUUCUGCAAUCGUUUCCCGUCAUCGCACGUCAAUUCAAAUCCUUCUCGAAAGACGUCCGCCUCUAUAACGAAAUCAAAAAGGCGGCAGACGAAGCCAAGCAAUUUACAGCACCUGGAAAUGCCGCCGUAAUGUCGCAAAACGGUUGCGGUCUUACAACUGCGUUGGCGUUGAUGCUUAAUCCUGGGCAAGCCGCAGUCAUUCAUACUGAGCUGUCUGCGACGGUCGUAGCAAAUAUCUCGGAUACUUUCGAGCGAGAAAUGGUGACGGGUCCGUAUUCGACUCAGCUUGCGCUCGAUAAGACGUUCGUCCGUCGUCAUCGCAUCUCGGAGGUGCGGAGAAAGUCGAGAGACGUCCACGCCGUGAAGAACGUGGAGAUAGAAAUGAGCCGACGAGCACAACGUCCAUCACCGUGCGAUCUCUUGUCUCAGGAGAGGCCCCCUCGCCAGCCGAGCAAGUCCUUCUCGGUUUCGUCACUCAAACUUAAAUGGUCGGGAAUAACAAACAGCAGCACUUCAAAUCAAGACGAAGCCAAACUGCUACAACUACCCGGUCGCAUCGUAACACUACUAUCGUAUCUCCUGAUGCCAUUGACCAUCCUGCCUACUUCUCAGUUUUUUCAUGUGUGGGAGGUGAUCGCCGUCAUCCUGGCCGUUACGAGCGCCAUCACUGUCAGUCUAGAGGCGGCAUUCUAUUACGACGAGAAAAUGUUGUUGGUUUUCAAUUACUUGAUCGAUGCCUUCUUUCUUGUUGACAUGUAUUUUAAGUUUCACACGUCGUUCUACAAUGAGUACUCCGUGUUGGUGUUGGAACCUUUUUCGUGUGCUCGACAAUAUAUGAGGACAAACUUUGUUCUUGACCUGAUCUGUUCGUUUCCGACUGAAUUCUUUGCGUUAACUGCUGGAACCAAGGAGCACGAAUUGGCUGUUUUGGGAAUGAUUAGACUCAAUCGGCUGCUAAGGGUCUACAAGCUGUAUCAAUGGUUUGGGUAUCUCGAAUCAAACAUAUGUCGAGUUACAACGUGGAUAAGACAAGCCAAAUUUUUCAUCUACAUUGUUAUCGGGACUCACUGGACGGCAUGUUUCUUCUUUCUUCUGGCGACUGUUACGAAAGACUUGGGCACAAGGGGCCGCGUUCUCGACGACUCUUCGGUCUGGAUCAAUCGGGGAGGUUUAGCAUUAGGAAACGUUUCCAUCGCGGAGCGGUAUCUGGUUUCAAUCUACUUUGCGGCUGCUACCACCGCAUCGGUAGGAUACGGAGACAUCCACGGAUACCUAGAUAUCGAGAGGUUUAUGUGCAUGCUUACGAUGAUUUUCGGUAUUGUAUCUUAUGGAUACAUCAUUGCCCGGUUUGCUGCAGCUCUGGCUAAUGCCGACGCUCAACGCGGUCGAUACCAGGACAAGUUGAUGGCCAUCAACAUAUUUAUGCAAGAUCAAGGUUUAAGCCCAAAUCUGCAGAAACGAAUUGUGCAGCACUACAAGUACAUGUGGCACAAGAACCGAGGAUUCAAGUUCAAAUCUUUGUUCCAGGGCAUGCCCAUCAGUCUACAAGCCGACAUAACACUGAGCCUGUACAAGAAAGUACUGGACAAAGUGCCACUUUUUCAGAACACUGAAUUGGGUUUCUCGAAGCUCUUGGCAAUGUCGAUAAAACCGAUCUACUUUCUUGCAGAAGAGUACGUUGUGCGCAAGGGAGACUUAGGAAGCGAAAUGUUCUUUAUCCAUCAUGGAACGGUUGAAGUUGUGUCGGAUGACGGUCAGGAGGUGUUUGCGACAAUGACGGACGGGAGUUUCUUUGGCGAGGUUAGCCUUGUCUACAGCGUUCCCAGAACGGCUUCCGUCAGAACUGCAACGAAUUGUGAUAUUUUCGUAUUAAACAAAGAAGAUCUCGACUCAGUUCUCAUGUAUUAUCCUCAUAUCGAAAACCAGAUCCACGUCGUCGCAGACGAGCGACGACAAAGGGCACGGAAACGGAGCGAGGACUUUCAGGUACAGAAAGCUGCUACCAGAUUGGCUGCGGCUGCGGCAGGACUGGCGUUUCAGACUGAAACGAUUGCUGAAGAAGAUGACGAGACGAUAGAAGAAAGUUGUGAAGAGAAAGGCGAUGAUGAAGUCACGGCAGAUGCAAUAGACCCAAGUGUGCAGCUUGGUACUUCUACCACUUCUUCAGCCAAUCAAGCUCGUGGGAUGAUGCGCGAUUGGCGGAGGGAGCGUGUUUGGUCGACAAUGUUGUACUUAUAUGAUAGGGCAGUGACGUGGAAUAGAUUCACUGUUCAUCCGAAGAAUUUCCACUGGAGAGUGUAUCAGUAUGUGAUUAUUGUACUUGCGUUUGUCACUUUUUCAAUGACAACAUAUCAAGCAGCGUUUCAAGAUCACUCCCCAUAUAUCUGGGUGCUGAGUACCAUCUUCGAGCCUCUCUCCAUCAUCGAAUUGUACCUCGAGUUUCAUAUUGCGUACGAGGACCAUUGCAUUCUAAUCCGUGACUUCAAUCUUGUUUGGCGUCGCUACAUGAAGAAUAACUUCAUAUGGGAUCUAAUCCCUUGCUUGCCUACGUUGCUUGUGUUUGUGCUCUUGGGACGAGACUUUGAGCGUAUGCUUCAGGUGUACAGUUACAUACAACUGCUGCGGGUAGUGCGACUGCAAAAAGUGAUCGCAUUUUUCAACGCCCAGAGUAGCAAGUUGAGUAAGAGAGUGCUGUUAUCACGUAUCAGCAAGUUCUUUGUUAUUAUCAUGAUAGUCACGCAUACAGUGGCUUGCAUCUGGUACAUGAUAGCCUGCUCGGACGGAUGUCGUAAGGACAGCUGGGUAGAGCAUCAAAUCCAAUUGGGCGACGUGGAACUGCUAACCCUACCUGCCGAUCGAUACGGCAACAGUAUCUAUUGGGCCGUCGCAACGAUGACAUCGACAGGAUACGGAGAUAUCAGCGCAUACAACAAUACGGAGAGAGCGUUCGCCACUCUCGUCAUGAUUCUCGGAAAGCUUCUGUACGGGUUCGUCUUGGGCAGUAUCACGUCGACGCUCGCCAACGCGGACCGCCAACGCGUACAAUACGACAAGAAGAUGGAAACAAUCCAGAAGCGGAUGUCAACUCAAGGCAUUUCACAGAGUCUGCAGAAGCGGGUGCUAACGUAUUACGACUACUUGUGGGAACGCAACAAUAACGUUGAUAUCAACAGCCUUUUCGACGACAUGCCUUCGUGUAUGAAGGCGGAAAUAUUUGUGAGCAUGUCGCAAGCUAUUCUGGAGAAAGUUCCGUUUCUGGAUACGGCUACUCCGGGAUUUAUGCGUAAUUUGGCGGUCAAUCUGAAACCGACUCUCUUUCUACCGGAUGAGUAUCUCGUGCGUGAAGGAGACGCGGCUGAGGAGAUGGUCUGCAUCAAGAGAGGCAAGGUUGACGUACUGGACGGCGACGAUCGGAUCAUCAAUACGUUAGAGCAAGGAGACUUCUUCCACGAGGAAAGCCUCGCCCGUACGUUCCCGAGCGGACACUCGUUCCUCGCGGCGACGCCCGUCGACGCUCUCAUACUCUCCAAGAGCGACGCCGACAAAGUGCUCAGCCAUUAUCCUCAUAUAAGGGAACGAGUAAACAACUGGAAGAAGACGACCGUGCAGCCGCCUCAAGAGCAAAGUGACAUCACCGGGUGAUGAGAAAAUCUAUAUAUUUAUGCAAAUAUAUACAUGCAUCCAUAGCUCAACUCAAAACAUGGUUAAUAUAUCUAGAC